UACUCCUAAAGCAACACAGUGGACUGGCAGUGGCUGGAAAGUACUGAUUGGAGGGAAAACAGAAAGUAAUGAAAAAGUGAUUUUCUCUGAAUGCCGGUAAUAACUCUUUCCAUUUAAAUUCUGUGUAAACUUUCCAGUGCAUAACAUUAUUGUGCAAGACCUCUUCUAGGCAUCUUUUUAAGUCAAGCAUCACAUAGAGGGACCAUUUUUUCAUUGGAGACUGGCCACAGGAAUGCGAGUUUUGGCUGAUUCCCCGCUUUCAGCUAGGCUUUGAGCUGGUGUGAAGUUUCCUCUGUGUUGAGAUGGCCUCGACGUGCCUGCGGCCCCUGCUGAGGUACCGGUCCUUCGCCAUCCUCUUCCUCACGCCGCUGCUGCUGCUGCCUCUGCCGGUCACUGUGCAGACGCGGGAGGCCAAAUGUGCGUAUAUCAUCAUCAUCAUGGCUGUAUACUGGUGCACUGAAGUGAUCCCCCUGGCUGUGACCUCCCUCAUGCCUGUGGUGUUUUUCCCUCUGCUUGGAGUUCGGAGCUCUAAAUCAGUGUGCUUGCAGUACCUAAAUGACACAAACAUGCUCUUCGUGGGAGGGCUUAUUGUUGCAAUUUCUGUUGAACAGUGGAAUCUUCACAAAAGGAUUGCACUGAGGGUCCUGCUGAUUGUUGGGGUGAAACCUGCACUCCUCAUGCUGGGAUUUAUGAUAGUCACUGCCUUCCUGUCCAUGUGGAUAAGUAACACAGCCACCACUGCUAUGAUGGUUCCCAUUGUUCAGGCUGUCCUGGAUCAGAUGGACAACACAGAGCAUGAUGUGACCAUGAUGGAACAAGGAACCGGGCAAACAAAUACAGUGAUUGAGCUGGAGGAAAAGGGUGCAUCAAAUCUACCUUCAGUGCAUGUCAUAAGCAAUGGACAAGUCCCUGAUGACCCCAGAUCUUCUGAGGAAAGGAAAAUGAGGAAACGCGUGUGUAAGGGAAUGACACUGUGUAUAUGCUAUGCCGCCAGCAUUGGAGGAACUGCGACACUCACUGGAACGGGACCAAACAUUGUGUUGAAAGGCCAGAUGAAUCAGUUAUAUCCCGACAAUAAUGACAUUGUGAAUUUUGCUUCCUGGUUUGGGUUUGCAUUCCCAAACAUGAUUCUGAUGUUGGUACUAGCGUGGUUUUGGCUACAGUGCUCCUUCAUGGGACUCAACUUUAAGAAAAGCUGGGGCUGUGGAACAGAGAGAUCUGCUAAAGAAAAAGCUACAUGUGACGUGCUGAAGGCGGAAAUGAAGAAAUUAGGCCCUAUCUCUUACGCUGAAUUCAAUGUCCUCCUAAUGUUUGUUUUGCUGGUUCUCUUGUGGUUUACCAGACACCCAGGCUUUGUAAAAGGCUGGGCCACCAGGCUGUUCCCAAGAGGAGAAAAGUUUAUCUCUGAUUCUGCUCCUGCUGUGUUUGUUGCCCUGCUACUGUUUAUCCUUCCUGCUAAUAAACCCAAAUUCACAGGCUGUAAGACAAGCAUGUCUGACCCUGAACAGACUGAAGAAGAUAUAAAAAAAACAUUUUUAUCAGCCCCGUUGCUGGAUUGGAAUGUGGUUCAGAGGAAGAUGCCCUGGAGCAUUGUGCUGCUGCUGGGAGGAGGUUUUGCUUUGGCCGAUGCAAGCGCAAACUCUGGGCUUUCAGCUUGGCUGGGUCAUCAAAUGACUCCACUAGGAUCUAUCCCACCCUGGGCCAUUGCGACAGUACUUUCACUUAUUAUAGCUGUCUUCACCGAAUGCACCAGUAAUGUCGCCACAGCCACCCUCUUCCUACCUGUCUUUUCAUCCAUGGCUACAUCUAUCAAGAUCCAUCCUCUGUACGUUAUGCUGCCGUGUACUCUCAGCGCUUCCUUUGCCUUCAUGCUGCCUGUUGCAACACCACCGAAUGCGAUAGUGUUUUCCUAUGGCCACAUCCGUGUUUUGGAUAUGGUUAAAACUGGAAUAGUGAUGAACAUCAUUGGAGUCCUCUGUGUCACACUGGCCAUCAACACAUGGGGAAGAUCUAUGUUUGAGCUGGACACAUUCCCAGCCUGGGCAAACACAACGGCUAACCAGUGAGCAGUGAAGAACUCAUGGCCUUAACAAGGAAAGGACCCUUAAUACUACUUCCUGUUGCCUGAAACUCUAUACAGUCUCAUCACACAUCAGUUCAGGCAUGAAACAACUCAAAUUUAUUCUGGUCUUUUGUCUGGACCUCCAACCAAUGUUGAGAUUUAGCAUUUAUUGAACUUUAAAUAAAGAGAGGGCAGGCUGUUGUAUCAAAUGGUUUGAACCGUCAUAUCACUGGUAUGUACUUGUACAUCGUUAGCAUUGAACACUGCACUCAGGCAGGAGCUGAAAAUUCAUUAACUAACACUUACAUCCACAACUCAGCAGCUGUACAGGGAAAUCCUUGUCACUUGUCUACUGAAAGAAGGGGUAUGGUGUGAUGUGAUACAGUACAAUAUGGUACGGUACUAUUAUGGUAUGGUAGGGUGCGGUACAGUAUAUUUUAGUUGGUCCUCAACCAUGUGGUAGACUCCUUCUAAGUCAAUAUCCAACACAUUUUCCAUUGCCUUGUUUUCACUACCAGAUCUCACUGCAUAUAGACACGUUUAUUGAGGGUUGAGAUAACAUAAUUCCAUGAUGGAUUCAGGUGAUGUCUUGGGCAAUGAUGACUUAAGGCUGGCUUUGUGUUCCUUGCACUGUGGCACUGGCAGGGACAGGAGCCUUUCCCUCUCUCAGCCACAGGACUUCACACCUAUUGUGAAAGUCCCUGGGUUAGCCCCUGAGGUGCCUUAUUAAGUAACUCUGGAAUUUUGGAGUGGAGACAAGGCAUGAAAAAGGCUCUAUUUGAAUUUGUAAAAAUGCAGUGGCCCAGAUAUUAGGGCUUGUGCUGGCUGACAGGAAUGGGAGUUGUCUUGUGUACUUUGGAUUGCAGGUCCUGUGAGAAAAGUAUUUUGUAGGAACUGUUUAUGUCAUUUCUGAAGCAGAAGUAGUUUACAGAAAGAUUGGUGUUGGACCAGGCGUAUUUGGUCAGUGGUACGUGGGUGCUUUCUAUGCAGCCCUGGAGAUGAGGCUGGGUGGGAGGUGAGAGAGACCUGCGGGCUUGGCCUGCAUUCUGCUCCCAGACUUCCUGUGCAGCCUCAUUCAUGACAGUUCUCCUCUUUUUGCCUCGGUUUCCCCUCCUGAAGAAGAUAUCAUGGUACCUAUCUACCUCACAGGGGUGUUGUGAGGACAUAAGGGUCAAAUUCUGCACCCAUGGGGAUUCCCCACCUUAUUCCAUGAUAAGGAGUGCAAGGUAGAAGCUACAGAACCGUAGAAUUCUGGCCAGAGUAUCUGGCCUCUUGCAUAGUAGUGUGUGUAGGAAAUUUAAUAGAUUAACAUGAAUGCUCUUUAUAGAACUGGAAAAAUACUCACAUGUUUGUCUUUAAAAGUGAGAAAAGUAUUUAUCCACAAAAUGACCAUGUGCUUUUCUGAGAAGAAAACUACUUCAAGAAUGAUUUGAUUUGAUUUGAUUUGAUUUAAUUUGAUUUGAUUUGAUUUGAUUUGAUUUGAUUUUCUUGCCUUUAUCUUCUGUGGUCUUUCAAGGUGCUGGGCACCAUGAACUCUCCUCUGGCUGUUGGUGCACCCUCUCUGCCCAGCUGGCGCGGCCUCGUGCCUCUUCCAUGGAACGGUGGAGCGUGUGGGGAAACACUGCUCUGCCCGCAGUCUGUCUGAGGAAGAGACAGUUCUAGUGCCAAGAAGGAGCUUGGUGACAGGCAUUUGUCACCACCUGAAGCCUAUCACUGUAUUUGGUUGAGGAAGCUGAAGGCAGGAGCAGUGAAGCCCUUCCUGUGCUUUGGCAGGUAUCUGAAUGCAUUUGAGAAAGGGACUUUUUUCUGCCUUCUGUUGGACACUUCACCACUGCCAGGAGCUUCACAGUGCUUGCUUCUCACUGUUGCAGGUAACAGAGCCGGGAUGCGGGGGUGGGCGGCGCUCGGCUCAUCCGUCUCGGUUCACAUACAUCAAAACUCUCAACCUGGUUUCAGACGUAGGACAGACACUGCCCUGUCCCAUGUGCAGAGAGGAAUGUUCUGAAAAUGUCUUGAAGGGGGAAAGUGCCCUCAUCUCAACUAGGGAAGCGCUUCCCUGGGUUGCUGUGCAGAUAGAAAACAAAUGCUAUUUUCCUCAAUGGCCACACAGGGUGAUUUAUCGACAGGAGUGUCAGGGCAGGGGAGCGUACAUGUGGGGUAAUAAAGAAUGCUGGUUUUAUUAUAACCGUGCUGUAUUGGACAUGUCACCUCUCUGUCCUGUUAAUGGCAAACGUUACUUUCUGAGACAUAAAUCAAUCCUGUGACUGAUUUGUAUUUAAUUUAAAUGGGUGAGUUGCAGAAUUAGACCCUGGCAAAUAAAAAUUCACAAGAACUGUCUCCUCUUGGGCAUGGAUUGUUUCCUGUGUAACCCAGUGGGCCACUUGUUUUCUCCAUGAGCUUCCCUGCUAGCAUGGUGUUGCUCCAGCAAGAUCCAGGGGGUAUGCACUGUAGAGAACCAGUGCAAAGCAGGCAUUUGAAUACUUCUUUAAGUACCUUCAGACCCACAUGUCAAUGGUUCUUUCCUUCUCUUUCCUCAGCUGAGUGAUAACUCGAGUUUACAUCUUUGAAAAUGCUCAGGUGGGACCAAAUCAGGUGGUUCACCCUACAAGCUGUCUUAUUCGGUGCAGAGUAAAAGAUUGUGAGAACCUAAUAAAGACAACUAGUUUUUAAGAAUCAAUCUUGUACAAACUGUCCAGCACAACAGGCACAAAUGGGCUUUUCUUCAGCACCAAGCGUGCAUGACGUCCUGUUCCAGUUCCCUGAGUAAAUAUAUGUGUUAUUUGCACUGGGUAAUGCAACCACAAUGGCUUUGGUAGUGGAGCUGGGUUACAUCCCCUCCAGCGCUGCAGGGUCAGUGUCAUGAGAUACAGCUCUUGCCUGGCAGUUACUUUUCUUCUCAGCAAGGGGGGUUUUGUGUUUGGCUCAGAGGUUGUGAUGGUCUGAAGGUAGUGGCGUAAAGGAAUCCCUUUGUGCCCCACUUCAAAACAUGCACCACCAGAGCCAGGGGAGAACUUGAGGAUCUCUGAUGUGGACUUGGUCAGGAGGGGUGACCAAGCACCGUGAAGGAGCAACAGCUCCUGGUUCGUGGUCUGUGGGCAGCGUGCAGUGCCCAAUGGUCCCGGUGCAGCCAGCAAAGCAGCAGGUAGUACUGCUCCUGAGGAGCUAUGUUAGUGUUUUCCUGGUUUCUGUCCUCUCUCUAUGGGAUGUCCUUGACAUCCUUCUCCUCCCAGCACAGCAGGUUGCUGAUACUGUUUCUGCAAACCAUGGAUGUCUCAAAUCUGCAGAGCCAUGAUAAGGGCUGAUGUACACAGGGUUUGUUCGUCUUUGUUCAUUCUCUGUGCACACUCAUUCCCAUGAAGCACAGGGUUACGUGUGUGUGUGAGUCCAUGAAAGACCAAACUACAGGAAAAGAUACAAAGGGAGGACAAAGCUAUUUCCUGCCUACGUUGAACAUCUACAUCUGUGGAGUAGGGAAGAAAAACCCUUCAUCGUUCACUAUAUGAUCUGGAAGUCACCAAGCUGAAUAAAGCACCCAGACAAAAACAGUCUCAUCCUUAAGUGAUUCUGUUUCAUGUGAGUCUAGAUUGCUUAAAUGCAUGUGUAUAAAUCAGUCUGGGAAACUGUGUGAAAAGACUUGUGAAAGUACAUAUAUUAAAGGGAUACAAUGUGAGCAUAAAGCAAGAAGCCAGAAAAUGGUUGAUUAAGGCCUUUUUGGACUACUCAAACUUUAAGCAAGUUGCUUAACUUUCCUGUUUCAGUCUGAAAUGUUGUAUUUCAUGCUUAUCAACCUGCAAAAUUAAUUAGAAAUAUGUCCUGCUAAUUCAUGCAUGAAGACAAAGAUUAAAUGAUUUGCCUCCCUAAUGAAUAAACCAUGUUGCUAAAGUCUGUGAGUUUAGUCAAAUCGUACGAAACUUGCUGUGACUCUGGAAGUUCUACCUCUUUGAGUCAUGUAGGAAUCCCGACUUUUCUUGGAAGCAGUAAGUAACCCUAAAGCUGUGACAGCGUGGGAGGAAAGUCUUUGAAUAUCAACUCUAAAGCCUCAAAAACCAGAGGAUAAGUAAUAGGAACUCACUGUUUCAAUUUUGAACUACUUGGUUUUAAAUGCAGACUUGCCAUUUUGAGGGCCGGGCUAGUGAUCCUGCGCAGCAGCUUUGGGAGCAAAGCAACGCCAAGCCCCUGCUGCCAAAAUGGGGCGGUUCUUGUCUAUCUCUUAUCCCUGCUUUUCCCUUGUUAAACCCCUGUGCCGUUUGUUGUACCGGCACAUGAAUAUAAGCCUUAAAAUUAAACAACAUUUAUCAAGA